AUGAGUUGGAUGAACCAGAGCAGUGUAUUGAACUUCUUCCUCCUGGGCUUCUCUGUCAGGCCAGAGCAGCAGGGCAUGUUCUUCACCCUGUUCCUGGGCAUGUACCUCACCACAGUGCUUGGGAACAUGCUCAUCAUCCUGCUCAUCAGACUGGACUCUCGCCUCCACACCCCCAUGUACUUCUUCCUCAGCCAGUUGGCCUUUACUGAUAUCACUUUCUCAUCUGUUACUGUCCCGACGAUGUUAAUGAACAUGCAGACCCAGCACCUGUCCAUCUCUUAUGAGGGGUGCGUUGCACAGACAUAUUUUUUCAUACUCUUUGCUGACUUGGACAGUUUCCUUAUCACUUCAAUGGCCUAUGAUAGGUAUGUGGCUAUCUGUCACCCUCUCCAUUAUACCAGCAUCAUGAGUCAGAGCCUUUGUGCCAUGCUAGUGGUUGGGUCCUGGGCGAUUGCUUGUGUUUGUGCUCUUUUGCAUACCCUCCUCCUGGCCCGGCUGUCUUUCUGUGCUGAUGACACCAUCCCUCACUUCUUCUGCGACCUUGCUGCCUUGCUAAAAUUGUCCUGUUCAGAUACAUCCAUCAACCAAUUGACCAUCUUUACUGCAGGAUUGGCAGCCAUCAUGCUGCCAUUCCUAUGCAUUCUGGUUUCCUAUGGCCAUAUUGGUGCCACGAUCCUUCGGGUUCCCUCGACCAAGGGCAUCUGCAAAGCCUUAUCCACGUGUGGGUCCCACCUCUCGGUGGUCACUCUCUAUUAUGGGGCAAUCAUUGGUCUCUAUUUUCUUCCCUCAUCCAGCAGCACCCAUGACAAGAACAUGAUUGCUUCAGUGAUGUACACAGUGGUCACCCCUAUGUUAAACCCCUUCAUUUAUAGCCUAAGAAACAAGGACAUGAAAGGAGCUUUGAGAAAACUCUUGAGAAAGAAAGCACAUUCCUGA